CCAAAGCCAAGAGCCCCCUCAAAGCCCGUCUCUGAUUUGCAGAGAGAAUCCAAAGGACAAACGAAGAAGAAGAACGCGAAGAACAGAAACUGCAAAUACACACACAGAGAGAUACCCUUCUUUUCUUUUUUUUGAUUUUUUUUUUGGUUGGGUAUAGAUUGAUAGACAGAUAGAGAAAUAGAGAGAGAUGUAUUGUAAAUUGUGAUAAUUCCAACCAGGUCCCUUUUUUUUUUCUCUUCUUAUCCAAUCCGAGAAAUGUUGGAGGAUCGGUUCUGCUUGCUUUCAAGGGUGUUCUCGAGCUCCUGCCAGCAGCCAGAGAGCAAGUGGCCUUACCGGAUGACAUUUCAUCAGCUCAAAGUCGAUAUUGCCAAUGGAAAGCGGCCAUUGGAGUUUGAUGGAGAAGAUGAUGAUGAUGAUGAUAAUCGACAUCGGAAGCUGUGUAAGCUACUGGAUUGCUGUGAGAUGAUGGAGAUGGCUCAACCCUCUUCGUGUGAGCAAUCCGAAGAUGAGGGUAAUCAGGAUGGGGCUGGCUCAUCGGAUUCAGACUCCCUUAUACAUCCCAUUGGGCGGGACAACUCGAUCAGCUGCCUAAUUCACUGCUCGAGGUCUGAUUAUGGUUCCAUUGCCUCAUUGAACAAGAGCUUCUGGUCAUUAGUUCGGACUGGGGAGCUGUAUAAGCUGAGGAGGCAGAAUGAUGUUGUUGAGCAUUGGAUUUAUUUUUCUUGCCACUUACUUGAAUGGGAGGCAUUUGAUCCCAAUCGAGGAAAGUGGAUGCACUUGCCGAGAAUGACUUCCAAUGAAUGCUUCAUGUGUUCAGACAAGGAGUCGUUGGCUGUAGGCACUGAGCUUCUUGUAUUUGGUAAGGAGGUCACUGCUCAUGUAAUCUUUAGGUACAGUAUUUUAACAAACUCUUGGUCUUCUGGAAUGAGGAUGAAUGCCCCGAGAUGCUUGUUUGGGUCUGCAAGCUUCAAGGAGAUUGCAAUUCUGGCAGGUGGGUGUGACUCGCAGGGACAGAUACUCAGCUCUGCGGAGCUAUACAAUUCUGAGACUCAGACUUGGGAGCUCCUUCCAGACAUGAAUAAGCCGCGAAAGAUGUGUUCCGGGGUAUUCAUGGAUGAAAAGUUUUAUGUCAUUGGUGGGAUUGGGGGAAGUGACUCAAAGGUACUUAAUUGUGGGGAAGAAUAUGAUUUAAAGACAAAAAAAUGGACACUCAUACCUAACAUGUCUCCCGGGCGGAGUGGUGCAGCCAGAGAGACUGACAUGCCUGCAACUGCCGAGGCACCGCCUUUGGUUGCAGUGGUAAAUAAUGACUUGUAUGCAGCUGACUAUGCUGACAUGGAGGUGAGGAAGUAUGACAAAGAACGAAGAUUGUGGAUCACAGUGGGAAGAUUGCCUGAGCGAGCAGUCUCAAUGAAUGGUUGGGGGCUCGCAUUCAGGGCUUGUGGGGAUCGUCUUAUUGUCAUUGGUGGCCCUAGGAAUCUGGGAGAAGGUUUCAUUGAGAUCAAUGCAUGGGUUCCGAGUGAAGGUCCUCCACAAUGGAACUUGCUUGCGAGAAAGCAAUCUGGUAACUUUGUCUAUAACUGUGCUGUAAUGGGAUGCUGAAGCUUCAUGUGUAUAAGAUUGGUUUGUCCACCAACACAGGAGUCUUGCUAAUUGGUAACGCUCCCCCUUUCAUUAUAGAUUGUUUUUCCAUUUGGGUGGGGGAGAAUGGAGAAGAACUUUUGACUUACUCAAGAUUCAAUUGACUAUUUUCUUGGAAUGAGAUCGAUCUUGAGUAAAAAAAAUCGUUUUCUUUUCAAUCUUCUAUUUGUUUUCCUCCAUGGAAUAUCUUCCCCCCAAUUUUAGUGACAUAAGAAAUUUCAAAGGUUGGCAUCAUGUAGGAAAAGAAUGGGUUCAAUAACUUGAAGUACCAACACAUUGUUGUAGGUUGUCAGUAGUGCUUUCUGAAGCUUUCUUACUUUAAUACACAGAACUAGUUGUAAUGGUU